AUGAUUAAAGGUGUGAAAUUAAACUGCAAAUCUAGUUCUACUUUGACUGAACCAGAAAAGUUUAGAAGGCUUGUCGGGAGAUUAAUAUAUUUAAAUUUUACACGACCCGACAUUGCCUUUAGCGUUCAACAGCUAAGCCAAUUCAUGCAUGAACCACUGCAAAUACAUUGGGAAGCAGCCCUUCAAGUAGUGAGAUACCUGAAGGGGACACCUUCUUUGGGAUUAUUUUAUCCUAGUAAUUCUAACAAGUUACUUGAGAGUUUUUCAGAUGCAGAUUGGGCGACAUGCACAGAUAGUCGACGAUCACUUACAGGAUACUGUAUAAAAUAUGGUGAUGCAUUAAUCUCAUGGAAAACGAAAAAACAAAACACAGUUUCUAGAUCUUCAGCAGAGGCAGAAUAUCGUAGCAUGACAACCACUGUUUGCGAACUUAAGUGGAUUUCUUUUUUACUCAAAGACUUGCAGAUUCCAGUACAACUACCAAUUCCAUUACGCUGUGACAAUCAAGCAGCGAUUCAUAUUGCCGAAAACCCAGUCUUUCACGAACGAACCAAGCACUUGGAUAUAGAUUGUCAUCUCGUUCGAGACCAAUUUAAACAAGGGUUCGUUCUUCCACAACACGUGUACUCAAAAGUCCAACAAGCAGAUAUUUUUACAAAACCGUUGGAGCAUACCGCAUUCUAUUCACUUAGAGACAAGAUGAAUCUAAGAGAUCUUCAUCUUGAGGAGGGGAUCUUAGAUUAA